UUCCCAAGGAGAAACCCGCAAAGGAACGAGGUCGUGUAUCCGAGAUCCUCCGGUAAAAUAAACCACCUCAGAGCAGCACGAGGGGAGGGCGGGCGGUAAAUAAAUGACCGACCAAAUCGUGAUUUCAUGGCAGCGCCGUUCCGGUGCAGCCUGCACGGAUCCCGGUCUGUAACUCAAUUCACAUCCUUCACUGAGGAGCUGCCGGGGUUCAACCUGCGAUCUGAUCUGAUCUGGAUCCAGAAUCCAGACAGAAACGGGACUUCUUCUCUGUGAUGUGAUGGAGGCGGAGGCGCCCCGAGAGUGACCCUGACUCAGGGCUACGUCUGUCUGGCUCUGGUGGAAGCUCCAGACGGAUCGCUGCACUGAGGGGAGACUGAGAAGAGGAGGCCGGGCACUUUGGGAUCUGAGCCAAUGACCUGUAGGAGGAGAGAAGCAGAGUAAAGGCUUGAUUAAAAUGGGGCUGCAGAUCUUCGUACCUGCUGACUGUGUGUCCGAGUGCCGCUCGCUCAGCCCACAGCCAUGCCAGACGUAAAGCCUCCACCACCAUGUGACUACCCCUCCACCUCCUCCGCCGCAGCCUCCGCCGGCUCUCCUGCUGGCUGCGCCUCUCCCCUCGACCUUGUCAUAGACAUGGAGCCCUGCAUCGCCAACCUCCCCCUGUCCCCCGACCCACUGUCCUCCUUCCCCCGACACAGACCCAGCAUUCCUCACUACCCGGGCGUCCAGGGGCCUCACUUCCCUCUCAUGGCCAGGUGUAACAGCAGCACCCUGCUCACUAACCUGGGACUGAGGUACUGCUCCAGCAGGCAGGGCCCUCUGGGGGUGGGGCCGGGUCAGGGGAUGGCCCAGGGCUCCUGCAACCACACAGGAAGCAACGGCGGCAGGCCUUACAGGAGUAUGGAGAACCUGAACUGGAACGCUGUGGCAGAUUCUGGCCUGUGUGCGUUCAGUGCUGCCCCCUACAGGAGCGUGGACAGUGAGUUCAUUUUACGCUACACAUCCACUAGCCAUUGGUAUGACGGGCCCCCAGAUGGAUCCAUGGUGGGGGCCCAUGGACUGCUACCUAACCCGGAGAGCCUGGCAUUUUACCCUCGACAUGGGCUGCCCAGGAAGGACCUCCCACUCUUCCCCCAGUUGCUGUUUCCAGGUGGUGUCGACGAAUGGGAUGCAAGGAAAGGGCUGAGGGAGAAACUCCGCCUCCAGAGUGCGAGGUCAGCAGUUGAGCCUCUGAAGCCCCUCCCACUGCGGCCUCAGGUGACCCCAAGUGAAAGGGAGAGUGUGCAUCACAUGAAUUCAACAGGAGCUGGUUCCAGGUCGCUGUGCACAAUGCGCAUCACCAGCCCAGAGGAGAUCAAACAGGAGGUCCUGAGGCGCUUACAGCUCCGGCGGCAGAACAGCAGCCCCAACCUCACUCUCCACAGCUCCCCGUCCACCCCGAAAGCGGUUAAAACAUCCUGCACAACAGACAACAUUGCAGGUAACAGGAAUGGAUCAGAUUCUGAGUGCCGCAGACCUCCUGUGGGACGCCUUCAUAUCCCUACAUUCGAGGAGUUUAAGAGGAUGAGGCAGAAGGAGGGGGAGCAGAGCAAAGAGUCCACAGCGGGUUCUGUGGCACCUGGAAAACCUGAGGCCAACUCGCAGGAUGCAGCUGGAUCAGAGAGGGAGUUACCUCCUUCUGAUCACGCUGUCCCUCAGGCAGGGUCUGAUGGAGCAGACAGAGAGCAGAGGGGAAAUCCUGAGGAGGUGAAGGGAGCCAAGAGCGCAGGUGAAAGGACAGGCACCAGUGAUGAAGGCCUGCAGACCGUCGCCUCCUCAGAAAAACUCCCUUCCAGCGCUGUGAGCAAUAACAGCACUGAAGAUCGCACCUCCUCCUCCACCUCCAUUUCCAGCACAUACUCCCCCAUCCGCACGGGCCCGUCUCCACGUUCACCCCUGCAGCCCCUGGCCAGCUCAGCCCAGGAGAAAGCCCCCGCCGCAGGGCGAGACGAUGGGAGCAGCAGGCGUAGGAGGAGCAGUCUGGAACCAGCUGGGUCGGUUCCUUUCCCGCCCAGCAGGGAGAACUGGGAACGGCCCUCCAGCUGCUGCCCAGCGCUCCUCCUGGAGGGGACGGACCUGUCCAGCUACGGAGCCAAGAUUUACAAGAUGAAGGACGGCCUCAUUGGCUCUGCACUGGACCUCAUCAAGAAGAGCUGCAGUGCAGAGAUCUCCGCCGAGGCCCCCGUCAGGCUGUCAGGUGACCGGCACGGAGGCUGUGACAUCACCGCCCCCUCGACCGACUGUCAGCCCUCCGCCGUUGCCAUGGCAACGUCGGCAACGGCCUGCGGAGCUGAGGCUGGCGACGAGACGCCUGCAGGAGGAGGAGGAAGAGAGGAAGCAGGAGAAUGCCACACCGGUCUGGGCUGCAGGCGCUCCAGCUCGGACGCAGCCUAUGAGCUGGCUGAGACGGUGAGGGCGCAGCGCGAGUGCCGUCUCCGGCCCCACUACAGCGACCCCAUGCCAGCCGACGCCUCCAAGCGCAAACAGCUGGAGAUGAAGAUCGCUGCUGCCGCCCGACUCCACGGCCACCGCCGAGACAGAGACAGAGACAGUGCUCCAGCAGCAAUUCGCGGUCGCUCUGAGCCCCCUGGUGAGGAGCGUCAAGCGGGUCUGGGCGUGACUCGGUCCGGGCAGCAUCGCUGGAGCACCAUCAGCAGUCUGAGUGCUGACAGCGGUGUGGUGGGUCUGAGUGAUGAGCGGGAGGAGGAGGACAGCGAGCCUCGCCGUUACCGCAGAACCCGGGGAGCAGAGGUUGAACGGGUGGACAGCGGCAUCGGCCCGGGGCUGUCCCGCACCUGGAAGAGGCCCUCUGCCUCCCUCAGAGCCUGGGAGGCCCAGAGACCCUGUCCAGACUGUGGACUGAGGGACGGAGCCUCCAAAGAGCGAGGAGAGCGCAUGUGUGAACGUUGCUCCAAACUGCGCACAGAGCGUAAAGAAGCCAUCUUGGAGUUCCUGAACACGGAGUCGAGCUACGGCGAGGACCUGCGGAUCAUCAAAGAGGAAUUUUAUUGCCCCAUGCAGAGCGCCGGCCUGCUGACAGCUGAGCAGCUCACUGUGGUGUUUGGUAACGUUCAGGAGCUGAUAGAUGUCAAUGAUCGCUUCACUGAACACCUGCAGGACAGCAUCGACCAGGCCUUUGACCAGGGAGACGAGGACCUGCUGACAGUGUACAUAGGAGAGAUCUUUCUGGAGUUCGUCAACAUGCUGCCCGCCUUCCAGACCUACUGCCUGCAGCAGUCCACCUCGGUCAACUUGCUCAACACGCUGGAGAAGGAGAAAGAACUGCUCCGAAUCUUCCUGGAUGUUUCCCAGAACGACAACACAGCACUGCGUCGUAUGAACUUGCGCUCCUUCCUCAUGGCGCCCCUCCAGCGUGUGACCAAAUACCCACUUUUAUUGAGCCGCAUCAUCAAGGUCACUCCCGAAUGUCACCCCGACUACGCACGUCUCCGCGAGGCCAAGAGCCGCGUGGAGUCCCACCUGGAGCAUAUCAACAUGAAGACCAAGCAGGAGGGCAACGGCGUCACCUGGUCCCUGCGCUCAUUCCGCCGAGACAGCCGCAAGAACCGGGAGGUGAUCAACAUCGAGAUGCGAGAGGUGUCGAUGAAGACGGUGGGCUGGGCGAGAGAAAACACGCGCUUCGUCAUGGAGGGACCACUCCAGUUGUCCCAGCCGGCAGAUGGCCAGUGGGUGAAGAAGGGCAGCAAGGCCCUCAAGUUCCAAAAUGUUCAGAGUCUGCUCAUGGUGAGGACACAGCGGGCAGGUGAAGCCCCGGGACAGGGCAACGACCUGGGGGCACGGGGAGAUCAGGUGGAGGGCGGUGGAGAGAGCAUUCGUGAUGGAGUGCUGGUUCUAAUCAAGGACAAAAGCAGCGGGAAGUUCGCCGUGCUGAGAGAGCCCAUCCGCCUGGGGAACUGUGUGGUUUCCACAGAUCCGGACAGCGAGGACACAUUCGAGGUGCUGGACAUUCGACGGGAGUCUUUCGUUUUCCGCGCCUCGGACAAAUCUCGUACCCAGCAGUGGUUCCAUCAGAUUAAGAGAUACACUCGAGACUUGGGCACCUGGAGGAAAAGACGCAAUGCUUUGCCCAACAUCAUGAUCAACACAAACCAGACCCGCUCCUGAGACCAAACCCACCCCUCCCCCCGUUCUUUGUUACACUGUAAAUAACCUGAAUCCUUCUACUGCAAAAUCAGCUGACAACAAGAAACAUUUCUGAGUGACACCACUGUUAUAACGUGUGAGAUUUCAGUUAAAAAAAAAAUCUUUCUCAGAGUCUCUUGAGGGUAAGUUAGAGAAAGAUCAAGCACUUUUUUUCUUACAGAGCUAUAAGUGCACCACAUGUCAUGAAGUUAACGUAUGAAGAUUUAAUUUAAAGCCGUUACAUGAAAAAAAAUAUCAGAUUCUUGGACAACCAAAAAAACUUGGGCUGUGCUCGUCAGCCUUGAUUGUAAAGACUGUUUGCUCUUGGAGAAAGAGAGCCGUGUUUUCAGUGAAUAAGGCGUGUCUGUUGAAUAGCAUGACUGAACGUAACUGACUGCAAAAAGAAGAAUUGUAAUGUCAUUUUUUUUUUUUUUUUUUAUACAAGACAGUUGCGCGGGGGGAAAUGUUUGUUUUGGUAUGUAACGGUAGAGAUGUGGUCAAGAGCAUUGUCCAGUGGUUUCUGUUUGUUGUCACUGCCCUCUCCUGUCUGUGCCGCCCUCUGCUGUCCGUUGGCGGCAGAGCAACUUUCACUGCCAGAGAUGCAGUUGAGCAGAGCCUCUCUUAACAGGCUGAACAGACCUCCUGUAUCACUGUGUUGAAAUGAGAACUCACGUAACAGCAAUAACCUCUGCCAGUUUUCAAAAGAAGUAGCUACUGUAUAUGCAUUUCAUUUCCCCCAAGGUUUCCUUUUUGCCGUUCAGGUGUUUAUCCUGCUUCAAUGAGCGCCGUGUUUCAUGUUGAGUUUCACGCGGCUGAUUCAACUGAAGUCUCAAAUCCGAUCAUGUUUGUUGCCUUCCCUCGUCAUCCUAACACUAAGGAAGUCUCAUAAGUUUGUGAGAAGUCUAGUCAAUCUACUGUGUGUUAGUUAACAUCAUGCCAAAUAGGUAAAGUCAAACACUACACUUUCCCUCACUGUGUGUUAAGUGCAGAGUUUUUCCACCUGGGGUUUUGGUUCAGAUACAUUGAUAUUUGUUUGUUCUACAAAAUAUCCAAAAGUAAUGGAAAAUGGUAUUCUCAAAUUACGAGAGCCAAAGGAGUCUUUUAAUUUUUUGUUUUGUCCAACCAACAGUCCAAACCCCAAAGUUAUUUAAUUUACAAUUAUACAAGCAUUAUUUGAGAAACUGGAACCAGCUAUUUUUUUUUUUUUUUUGGCAGUUUUAAAUAAAUAUUGCUGACUUUGAGUCAAUGCACUAUCUACUGACUUAUCAUUUCAGUAUAUAUUUCCAUAUAUAAAUAAUAUAGGUUGGAAAUAUGUGACUAUUUCAUGACCCUAAAAGUAGAAAGCAAAAAAAAAAAAAAAAAAAUCUAUUUUUAAACUGGCAUGAUGACAUGACAUAAAAUCUCCAGUGGGGUCACAAAAAUUUCUUGAUGAACUCUCCUCAAAACAAUAACAAAACAAAAACCAUCCGUUCAUAACAUGGUUUUAACUGUCUUAAUAAUGUGACGUAGCAAUGAGUUGUUGUGCCUUGAUUACUGUUAAGUUGAAGCUGACUGAAAUAUUUCCAAUCCCUUACAGUAGCUUUUAUCUCCGACAUGUGGACUAGACUGCCCUCUGCUGGCGCUCCGUUGAGAUCAAUUUACAGGCAAUAUCAUUAUUCCUCUGACGGUCCCUGGCUGCUGGUGACGUGUGAUCACCUGAUCUCCUAUUUUUUUUUUUUUUUUUUUUUUAGUGUGUUUUUACUUCUCCUGAUUGUGUGUUUAUUUAUGAAGGCUUUAUUUUUGUUUAAUGCACUUUAUUCUGAUUCAGUAAUACAACACUCUGUGUAGCUGCUGGUAAAAAAUAUGUUACGCGGUCUUGUUUGAUCACAAUUCUUCACGUUGGAAGGAAAUCUUGUCGACAAAAGCUGAUUUCAGCGUCUCGAGACAAUACAGUUGAUCCAGUCAUCAAACCAAAACCACUAUUUAAGACCGACGCUGUUUUGUUUGCAAUGAAGUAGCACUAGAAGAGGUAGCGAAUCACUGUGUUUUGGGAGGGCGGGGCUGCUCAACUCCACACCAACACUCCUGGGCUGUUGGGAGGACGCUGUUUCAGAUUAACCCUUCCAAUAUGUGGGGAAAAAAAAAACAAAACCAAGACUGCUUUGUAUGAGUCGCAUACCAUUAUUUCCCCUUUUCUCAUUUGCGUUUGAAAGGCCUGAUGUAUUAUUUCCCCAAUGAAUUCUAUUAAAAUAUUUUAAACGACAA